AUGCGCACACUGUUGUUAACGUUAGUAGCUUUGUUACUGGUCACCGGUCUCAGAUCCGAAGGAGAGGCUGAAUGGAAGAAGAGACAUGAAUGGGCUAGACAAUUCUGGGGCACUUUCAAGAUAACGCCGUCAAAACCUGUAGGACCCGACGGUUGGAAAAUGACCGUGACAUUCCCUGAACCUGGAAUCAGAAGGCUAGAGGUGUGGCAGGCGAAAAUCGUGUCCGUGAACGACGAUAAAACAGAGUUCGUGCUCGAAAAUCAGCAUUGGAAUGCUGAAUUAGAAGAGGAGAAAACGUUGAAUUCCCCUUCACAGUAA